AUGGCGAUUCGGCAUCUAAUUCUGCUCUCCCGUCAGGGCAAGGUGCGCCUUGCCAAGUGGUUCACCACUCUGUCACCAAAGGAAAAGGCCAAGAUUGUCAAAGACGUCUCGCAGCUGGUGCUUCCUCGACGAACCCGCAUGUGCAACUUUCUCGAAUAUAAAGAUACCAAGAUUGUUUACCGCCGUUAUGCUUCGCUCUUCUUCAUUGCCGGCUGUGAUGCCGACGACAAUGAGUUGAUUACCCUCGAAAUUAUCCAUCGAUACGUCGAGCAGAUGGACAAGUACUAUGGCAACGUCUCGGAGCUCGAUAUCAUCUUUUCGUUUACCAAGGCAUACUACGUUCUUGACGAACUGCUGCUCGCGGGCGAGCUGCAAGAGAGCAGCAAAAAGAAUGUGCUGCGCUGUAUCGGGCAACAGGAUUCGCUGGAAGACAUGGAGUCGCCCAACAAAAACUGCCUGCCUCGAACAGGCUCAGCUCGAAUUGUGUUUUUUUAUCUUCUUUUACAAAUCAGUUGUGGAGUUUGGGGGAGUCUCGGAUUCGAUAAUGAGGGGUCUCGAGGAUGCCGGGUUCGUAUGAGAACCCUUGGCACUGUCACCGGUGUUUUGCAUGGGACAAGGAGCACCAGAAACGUAAGAGAAAUCGCCAGAUUCAACAAAAAGUCUCAGGGCACUGAGCAUCUCUUCGAUGAGAAGAGAGGGCGCAAAGGGGACAUGGGCACGCAGGCAAUGAAAGGGUUGCUUUGGAAGCGUGACCCCGUUAGCCUUGUGUAUAGAUCUUGA